AUGCGGAGGCGACGAUAUGUCACUGCUCCUCAAGGGCAGACGGAGGCGGUGAACGGCACUUCGCAUGAGCCUUCCCGAUUACCUGUUCCCGGUGUGCUUGGGGCUGGCACACCUCCGCUAAAGCGUGUGGCUGGAGAGUGGAUCAGCUUCGGGCGCGACAAAGAAGGGAAACUGGUCCUCGUGUUCGUAAAAAGUAACACGGAGAGACCUUCACGCCAGGGGAGUAACAGUCGCGUCGACUUUAUGGACUUUUGUUUCUCACAGUCUGUUGGCGCCGCGAUGACGAAAGGUGAAUCCCUCGACCCAGGGAAGCACAAUCAUGGUCAAAACUCUAGUCCAACAUGUUUCGAAUUCCGUCUCGAACACCCGAAUACUGCGACCCUCUUUGUUCACGUUCGGAAGGUUUCGAAGCUCCAUUCACGACACGACUUUCGGUCCGUGACUGCAGAGCGCACCAGGGAGAACCGAGGACCUCGAGACGCACCCAGCUUCUCUCUCGUGUGGCGGCCGCUCGUUUCCAAGUUCUCCCGCGACCCGGAAUUGGUCUACUGGGUCCCGCCGCUCUACCUGUCGGGGGAUACGCUCAGACUCAAAAAAAACGAGGCGACGGAGAUCCAGUCGCCGACGUCGCUGGGGAGGCUGAGGCCCAAGCAGCUGGUCUCCGGAAGGGGAUCACGUAACCCAACCAGCAGUAGGGCCAACCUCCUAACGGCGAGCGAGGAGACGCUCUACUUCGGAUGGACCCCCAAGAAUCCCCUGAACUUCGAAGGCAGCGAGCACUUCUACGAGAAGACGCCGACGAUCUUCCAGAUGCACCGCAACCCCAUGAACUUCCUCGGCCAAGACUAUUUCCCGAAGAGGAACGACUCCUUCAGCUACGAGCGCAAUCACUAUAAGAUGGGUCGCGGGCGCUCCGAGGGCUCGAGCACCCCGAGCCAGGCGAGAGGAGGUCCGGCGAAUGCGCAAGGCGAUUCCAGAGGGGACGAAGAGAGUCUCAAAGAUGAAGUAUUUGGAAGCGACCCCGAAGCCACGCAGGCGGCCUUAGGCAAACCGGCCGGUUAUCCCGCGGAGAGGAAGUCCCCGGUCCGUUGGCCUGAGGACAUACAGGACGUCCCCGUGAGUCCCGGAUCGCUGGAGGCCAAUAUCAUGGGCUGGACGGCCACCCACACGUACAUGAACGACUCGCACCUCCUCCACAAGAUGGCCGCCAGGAGCCUCACUCCCCAGACGCCGUCGACGAUGGACAGGAAGGAACACAGUGUGUGGAACCUCCCCGUACAAAAAGAUCCUGUUCUCGUGCUAAAUAUCCGUCUGUACGUUGUCUCCGUCGUUAUGCUUCUGUUCAUCGGUGUGGUGCUCACAAUAAUUAUCGUGGAAACUGCCAGACACCGACAAGGGUAAUUUCUUCAGUUUUAUCCCUGAAACUGAAUCUUUUUUUUACACUGAAUUUUAGUUUUUUAAGAGACUGCCUUUUAAUGUGUAAAUUAUUAUUUUUUUACUAUUUAUUUUACAUUGUGUUAAAUUAAGUUUUAAGAGUUUCAUAAUAAAAAGCAAAGUUUAACUUUCA